UUCAGACCAUCCACGACUGGUCACACUGAGGGAGCACCAAAAUGUUUUUUUGUUUGUUAUUCAAUUAAGUUGACCUGCUUGAAACCAAACAGAAAACAGAAGAGAUCUCUCGCUCCAGCUAUUUUAACAGACCCUGUAUCCAGAUUCGGACGUGAGGAUCGCAUCCCGGGCCAUGGCUUCCGAGCCGGGAUCCCUGAUCCUGCAGCUGGACGACGACUGUCUGGCCCAGAUUUUCGAUCGCUUACAGGACCUGCCGUCGGAAGUGUCUUUCGCGAGGACUUGCCGGCGAGUGCAGUACAUAUGUCUGGGCAAGUGGCGCACCAGCCGUGCCUACGAGCAACUGGAUCUGGAGAAGUGGCGGGUACUGUUGCCCAAUCAUGAAGACCUGGUCUACUUCCUAACCCAAAUGCGUCCGUACAUCAGAGAGAUGGGCGGCAGCAGUUGCCUGUGCUCCAUUCUAAAGGAUCUGGACGAAAUGCACAUUGCGGAGCUGCCCAUGGUGACCAGCUUCUACUACGACCCAGACGGCGUCGAUUGCUAUCCCACAAACCGGAGCAUCCGUAAGCUGGCCCGUCUGCUGCCGGGCUUGAAAAAGUUGCGCCUUACCACACCCAUCGACGGCCGGUACCUGUCCAACUUCCAGCACCUGCAGGAACUCCACCUCUACGAGGACCAGCACAAGGCGUUUGAGCUGCAGCAGAAGUACCUGGACGAGGUGUGCCGCAAGCUGCAUGAUCUUCGGGUCCUAGACAUUAGGACGUACGAUAUGAUCAGUAAACUUCAGCUGGGAAACUGCCUGCAGAGCUUAAAGAACCUCACUGAUCUUAAGCUCAAUCUGGCCACCUUGAAACCCAUUCUACCCGCCGUGCUGGAGCUGCCCUCCCUCAGGAAACUGGUGGUGCUGCUGGACAACGAGUGGCAUAUCCCCCCGCUGGUCAGUCCCGAUAGCUAUGACCACAAGAUCCGCGAGGUCAGCGAGUUCUACGAGAUCAUGGCUUUCAAGGCCAAGGACAUCGUCGGCUUUGCCGUGGACGGAUACUAUAUGCCCCUGGAACCGGGCUGGGAUGAGGAGCUGCCCAUCUGGACGCAUCGCAGGCUAAAGCGCCUGGCCAUUUGCAGCUGGACUCAUUCGGCAGACUACCUAAAGCGCUACACCUGUAUGACAGAGCUGCAGCUGCUUUGCUUGCGCAACUGGAAUGACCUGAGUGACGAAAUCCUCUUAGAAUUCGUGGAACUCUGCCCAGGACUGGAACACCUCGACGUAUCCUACUGCCGAAAUCUGACGCCAACAUUUUUGUCACGCGCCUUGAGUAUUCUUAAGCGGCGGGAGCCGUACAAGCAGAAGCCGGGAAUUGGACGGUCGCCACCUCUGAAGCUCUACUACGAUCUAAGUGGCUUUGAGGACUAUGUGGAUAGAGCGAACCUGAAGAGCUCUUUGGAAUAUAGAGGAUAUAUUGUCUUCACCGCCGACUUUCCGGUCGACUCGGAACGCGGUCUGAGCUUUGUGGACCGCGGCUACCAAUUUGAAUUUCACUGACAUCAAAAUAUGUAAAUAUACAAGCGUAGAUUCAUACAAUAAUUUAUUAUUAAAAUUUAUGUUGCACAAAGUAAGCCAAAUUGGAUUCUGAUUUCAAAGUUUGGAGUGAUUCAUGCACACUUCAGUGUUGGUUCCUAAGUAUAUCAUUUAGACGACUGUC